AGUACUUAACUUAAAGGCUAUCAACGCUCAUUGUAUAUCAAAAGUAAUAGCGACGUCUGUCCCGACAAAGAACAUGAAAAUGGUUUUGUCGCAGAGGCAGCGCGAGGAACUGAACCAAGCGAUUGCCGAUUACUUAGGUAGCAAUGGCUACACUGAGUCCUUGGACGCAUUCCGUAAAGAAGCUGACGUGUCUACAGAAAGCGAGAAAAAAUUCAGUGGACUUUUGGAAAAAAAAUGGACUUCGGUUAUUCGCUUGCAAAAAAAAGUAAUGGACCUAGAGGCCAAGUUAUCAGAAGCUGAAAAAGAGGCUAUAGAAGGAGCUCCUACAAAAGCAAAACGUAGCCCUGGAGAAUGGAUUCCACGUCCACCAGAAAAGUUUUCAUUGACUGGCCAUCGUGCAAGCAUAACUCGGGUAAUUUUUCAUCCAAUUUUCGGUUUAAUGGUUUCAUCAUCCGAAGACGCUACCAUUAAAAUUUGGGACUUCGAAACUGGGGAAUACGAAAGAAGUUUAAAAGGUCACACAGACUCUGUGCAGGAUGUCGCUUUUGAUGCUCAAGGCAAACUCUUAGUGUCUUGCAGUGCUGACUUGUCUAUAAAAUUGUGGGACUUUCAACAAAGUUACGAAUGCAUUAAAACAAUGCAUGGCCAUGAUCAUAAUGUUUCGUCUGUAGCGUUUGUUCCCGCUGGAGAUUAUGUGAUUUCAGCGUCUCGGGAUAAAACCAUCAAAAUGUGGGAAGUGGCUACCGGGUACUGUGUGAAAACAUACACUGGACAUAGAGAAUGGGUGCGCAUGAUUCGUGUGCACUUCGAUGGUGCCAUUUUUGCAUCUUGUUCGAAUGACCAUGCCAUUCGCAUAUGGCUAACUAGCACGAAGGAUUGUAAGGUUGAACUUCGUGACCACGAUCACACAGUAGAAUGCAUAGCAUGGGCGCCAGACUCUUCAAUCAUUGCAAUAAAUGAGGGCACAGGCGUUGACAACAAAAAAGGGCAUCAUCAAGGACCAUUUUUAGCAUCUGGAUCUCGAGACAAAACAAUUCGG